AAACAAAAACAAAUAGCUGAUGGGCUCUCAGUAGAGUCGCAGGGUCAGAAAGAAUGUGCUGGCAAGGAGAUGGCGGCCCACCCGUCCCCCACCUCUUGGUUACCGCCUGCCACCAGUGUCACCAUGUCCCUUUAAGCCCUACUCCCAGGCGACCCUGUGGGCCUCCUUAUCCUGCACCCUGAGGUCGUCACAAUGGGCUGAGCUGCUGCUGGCUCAGGGCCUCUGUGACAUCACCAACGGCCCAGCCCUAGGUCCCCAGUCUCCCAGGUGCAGGGCAGACAAACCCACCAUGAGCCACUUCCUCCCCCAUCUCUGCUCAUCAUGCGGUCGCUGAAAUGGUUCUUGUUCUUGCCUCUGUGCCUCUCCUGUGGCUAUGCCUUUAUGUUUUCUUCUCUGAGAGAUAAAGCCAAAGAACCCCAGGGAAAGGUGCCUUGCGGAGGGCACUUCCGGAUUCGGCAGAAUCUGCCAGAGCGUGCCCAAGGCUGGCUUGGGAGCAAGUGGCUCUGGCUUGUUUUUGUUAUUGUGCUGUACGUGAUGCUGAAGUUUCGAGGAGAUAGUGAGAAGAGUAAGGAGCAAAGUCCUGGUGGCCUUCGAAGCUGUUCGUUUCGCUCUCCCGUCAGGAAAAACCAAAAUACUGCCCCCAGCAAAGACUAUGCAUUCAGUACCUUAACCCAGCUCGAGAUGGACCUGGUGAAGUUCGUGUCCAAGGUGCGGAAUCUGAAGGUCGCCAUGGCAACCGGCGGUCACCUCAAGCUUCAGCACUUAGAGGCGCCUGCAGACCCGCACAACAAUAUCACCAUCUACGAGAUAUGGGGCGAAGAAGACUCCGAGUGAGUGGAUUCGUGUGUCCGUAGGAGAGAGUUGAGUGUUGCCAAACCGUAUGCAAACCAAUAAAACUAUUCUGAAGAAAAAGAA